AUGGAAGAAGACAAUCAUAUACUCAACUUAAUGCAAUUUAUAUCUCACAUACAGCAAAAAGAGUUCACAGAGGCAUUAAAUUUAGCUGACUCACUCUUUAAGAGCAAGCAAAAUCAUUGAAAAAAUAUCUAUUUUGGUAAACGCAAGCUAAAAAUUUAUUAUAUAAUAACAUUAAAUUUUUAAGGAUCUAACUCUAUUAAAUUUUAAUGUCUUUCAUUUCAACAAAAAAGGAUUUUAUUCCCAAAAACAAUAUUUUUUUUAUAAUUUUGUAUAUACUGUUUUUAAAAAAAUAGCACCUCAACAAGAGGAAAUAUAAAAUUUUACUCAAUCUUAAAGUGGAAGUGAGGAGAGUAUAAUUAAUUUAGUCCUAAAAGUGGAGCCAAAUAAUAAGCUCGUUCUUCAGUUCAAAGAAAUAUUGCCAUUCACAAUUGAUAAAAGUAAAAAAUAUCCAGAAAAAGCAGAGGAUUUAGCAGAGCUUGAGGCUGAAGAAGAAUCAAGUGAAGAAGAAUCAAGCGAAGAAGAAAAACAAGAUGAAGAGAAUAAAGCGCAGGAAAAUGGAAUUGAAGAAGGUGGGUAAUAAUUAGAAAAUGAAAAAGAUAGUGAUGAAGAAAACCCUGAUGGAGAGUAUAAUUACCUUGAAGCAAGCUCAUCAAGUGAAGAAAGCUCUGGAUCUGACUCUGAAGAGAUUGAUCCACAAGAAGUUGGGAAAUACGUGAUUUAA